CUGGCGUUCUCGGCAGCCAAUGGGAUCCCAGGACCGUGCAGACCAGCCUUAUUCCCGCAGUCGCACCGAGCGUGGGCGGGGUCCUUAGCUGGUUCAGUGUCUCAAGACCGCCUGCGGGUGAAGCAGGCAUCUGCGAAAGCGACCAGAUUUGAAAGCCACACUUCUAAGAAACACUGAGAGCGAGAGCUCCCAUCCUCCUCACUGAGACUCCAGCCCUACAGAGGACGUUCAUGGAGCUUGGAACGCCAACAGCCAACCUUCGGAGGACGAGCAGACUCCGUGUGGAUCUGUAGGGCAAUGCCCCAGCCUCACCACCAUGGCACGUGGUUUCACAGUGGGCUUUGACCCAUCGGGUCUAGGAGAACUGAGCUCUGGCUCUCUGAGCUCCCUCUCCUCCCGAGGCCAUCUGGGCAGCGACUCGGGUGCCACAGCAACACGAUACUUGCUGAGGAAGCAACAGCGCCUGCUGAAUGGGCCCCCCCGCGGAAUCCGAGCCUCAUCACCCAUGGGCCGAGUCAUCCUCAUCAACUCCCCCAUUGAAGCCAACAGUGACGAGAGUGACGUCAUCCAUGCAGUUCGGGUGGAGAAGAGCUCCUCUGGAAGGCUGGGUUUCAGUGUGAGAGGCGGCUCCGAGCAUGGCCUGGGCAUCUUUGUCAGCAAGGUGGAGGAGGGGAGCAGUGCAGAGCGGGCUGGCCUGUGUGUGGGGGACAAGAUCACGGAGGUGAACGGUCUGAGCCUGGAGAGCACCACCAUGAGCAGUGCUGUGAGGCUGCUGACCAGCAGCAACUGCCUGCACAUGAUGGUGCGGCGCAUGGGCCGUGUGCCUGGCAUCAAGUUCUCCAAGGAGAAGACCACAUGGGUGGAUGUAGCGAACCGGCGGCUGGUGGUGGAGAAGUGCAGUUCAACACCAUCGGACAGCAGCUCAGAAGACGGUGCGCGCCGUAUCGUCCACCUCUACACGACCUCCGAUGACUUCUGCCUAGGCUUCAACAUCCGCGGGGGCAAGGAGUUUGGUCUGGGCAUCUAUGUGUCUAAAGUGGACCAUGGUGGGCUGGCCGAGGAGAACGGCAUCAAAGUGGGGGACCAGGUCCUGGCGGCCAACGGUGUCAGGUUCGAUGACAUCAGCCACAGCCAGGCCGUGGAGGUGCUGAAGGGCCAAACGCACAUAAUGUUGACCAUCAAGGAGACCGGCCGGUACCCUGCCUACAAAGAGAUGGUUUCUGAGUACUGCUGGCUGGACAGAUUGAGCAACGGGGUACUGCAGCAGCUGUCCCCAGCCUCGGAGAGUGGUUCCAGCAUCUCCUCCUAUGCCUCCAGUGCCCCCUGCAGCUCAGGCUCACUGCCCUCUGACCGCAUGGAUGUCUGUCUGGGGCCCGAGGAGCCCAGUGGCUGUGGCCCAGGCUGGGGACGGGCAGACACAGCCAUGCAGACUGAGCCCGAUAUGGGCAGCCAUGUGGAAACUUGGUGCAGCGUCCGGCCAACCGUCAUCCUCAGGGACACGGCUAUCCGCUCUGAUGGUCCCUCUUCUACCCGACGCCUUGAUUCUGCACUUUCGGAGUCGCCCAAGACUGCUCUGCUGCUGGCCCUCAGCCGACCCAGGCCUCCCAUCACACGGUCUCAGAGCCACCUGACACUGUGGGAGGAGAAGAAACAGCGGAAGAAGGAGAAGUCAGGGUCCCCUGGGGAGAAGGGGGCCUUGCAGCGCUCCAAGACACUGAUGAACCUCUUCUUCAAGGGAGGGCGGCAGGGGCGGCCAGCAGGGGACGGGCACAGAGAGGCCUGGACACUGGACAGCAGAAGCCCCGCCAAAGUCCGCCCUCGCCUGGACCUGGAGAAAGCAGGGAGUGUGGGACCUGUGCAGAAGUUUGUCACCUGGAGAUUGAGACGUGAUCGGGAGAGGGGCCGGGCCCUGCUCUCUGCCAGGUCUGGAAGCCCCUCUGGCCAGCUGCCCAAUGUGGAUGAGCAGGUGCAGGCCUGGGAAAGUCGACGGCCCCUCAUUCAGGACCUGGCCCGGCGACUGCUGACAGACGAUGAAGUACUAGCGGUCACUCGCCACUGCUCCCGGUAUGUCCAUGAAGGUGGCGUGGAGGACCUGGUGCGCCCCCUGCUGGCCAUCCUGGACAGGCCGGAGAAGCUGCUGCUGCUGAGGGACAUCAGGAGUGUGGUGGCAUCCACGGACCUCGGCCGCUUUGAUAGCAUGGUGAUGCCUGUGGAGUUGGAGGCUUUUGAGGCUCUCAAGAGCAGGGCAGUUCGGCCUUCUGCUUUGAGACCAACCAGGCAAGACACGCCACCCAAGCGUCACCUCAUCACCCCUGUGCCUGACAGCCGUGGAGGCUUCUACUUGCUGCCAGUGAAUGACUGCUCAGAGGACGACCAUGGCGAGAUCCGGGAGAGGCUGGGGGGCCUUAAGGUCUCUCUCAGUGCCUCUGCCCCUCGCCACCACCAUAAAGGAAUCCCCCCUCUACAAGAUGUACCAGUCGAUGCCUUCUCUCCUGGCCGCAGUGCAUGUACACCCCCUCCCCAGCCUCCUCCUGUGGCUCCCCGGCCUCCCAGGCCUAACUGGUUACUGACAGAACCCCCAAGCAAAGAGGAGGUUCAGCAGAACCAGAGCCAGACCCCAGCCCAAAGCCGCAGUCGCAGCCGGAGCCGGGGUCGAGGCAAGUCCCCUGGGCGCAGGAGCUCCCCAUCCCCAGCGCCCAUCACCACUGCCACCACAGCCAACGGGCGAUACCACAGGCCUCGGAAGGCAAGGCCCUCGCUUCCACGACCUCUGGGCGGGCAGGAGACCAAAGUGGAAGCCAGGCAAGGGCCCUUGGAGAAUGGAGUUAAUGGGAUGGCCGAGGAGACUACCAGGAAAGCCUCCACUGGAGAGCUGAGGACAGUCACGCUAUCUAAGAUGAAGCAGUCUUUGGGCAUCAGCAUCUCUGGGGGUAUCGAGUCCAAGGUGCAGCCCAUGGUGAAGAUAGAGAAGAUCUUCCCAGGAGGUGCUGCGUUCCUCUGCGGGGCCCUGCAGGCUGGCUUCGAGCUGGUGGCAGUGGAUGGAGAGAGUCUGGAGCAGGUGACCCACCAACGUGCUGUGGACACCAUCCGCAGAGCGUACAGAAACAAGGCUCGGGAGCCUAUGGAGCUUGUGGUCAGGGUCCCUGGGCCUGGCCUGCUGCCCUUAUCCUCUGCUUCAUUAGCCUUCAAGGACCAGAGCCUUCCCGCUGACAAUUCCUCUGCCCACAAACCCCUCGACAAUACCCCAGCCCAGCUGCCACCCCCUGAGGCUGGGCAACUACAGCAGACUCCCAGCCCAGCCCUUCAGGCUCCUCACAGCACCUCCAAACUCUCCCCUCUUAAGGGUUCCCAUGACCCUUCCCACUGA